CUAAGGAGUGCUCUUUUCCUUUGCAAAUCAGCAACUAACUUCACUCAUAGUCGGGAUGAAAGGCAAGAGGUGGAAAAAGAAGGGGAAAAGUUUCAAUCAAUUAAAUAAAAAGAUACUUUUGAAGAAAAAGGAGGAGGCUGCAAAGGUUAAGCCAAGUAAUGUGAUAGAUCAAGCUUUUCUCCCUAUUAUUGACUCAGCAGGAGUCUCAGCUCCUGCUGCUUCUCCAGCUCCUGCUUCUAGUCUUGGUAGAUCUGCCUCACGAGAUAAAGAGAAAGACAAGGAAGCUUUCAAGGACCUUUCUGGUUUUAUAUUUUUGUGCAGUGCAGGGACAAAACUCGAUUGUUUCACAUAUCGUGUUUUUGGGCUUCGUGCAAGUAAAAAGGAAACUGUAGAAAAGAUUAAACCUGGAACAAAGCUCUUCCUGUUUGAUGUUGAUAUGAAGCUCUUGUAUGGUGUGUAUGAGGCAACAUCCACUGGAAAAUUAGACUUGGAACCACAUGCUUUUGGAGGCAAAUUUCGAGCACAGGUGAAAUAUCACAAAAUUAAGGAAUGUCUUCCCCUGCGAGAAUCUUCUCUGAGAGACGCCAUAAAGGACAAUUAUCAUGGCAGAAAGUUUGAACCCGAACUAAAUGGUCAUCAGGUGAGGAAUCUAUUAUCCCUGUUUCGUCCCCUGCCUGCAUUAGCAACAGCAGCAGCUGUAUCCCAUCCACUAGCAAAAGAGGGCCCGUCAUUGGCUAAUGUUGGCGUGCCAAAGAUUAUGCCUGCCUUGGCUGUGGAAGAUCAGGUUAAGUUGCUGCCAUAUCCUCAGGAAGUGGGUCCAUCCAUGGCCAAUGUUGGCCCACCAAAUAAUAAUCCUGCUUUUGCUAAGGAUGUCCUUUCUGGUUUUAUUUUUUUGUGCUGUGGAAAUACAAAACCUGAUUGUUACAGAUUCCGUGUUUUUGGGCUUCCAUUAAACAGAAAGGAAAAGAUAAAAAAGAUUAAGCCAGGAACAAAGCUUUUCCUGUUUGAUUUCGAGUUGAAGCUUCUGUAUGGUGUAUAUGAAGCAACAUCCACUGGAAUAAUAGACUUGGAACCACUUGCUUUUGCAGGCAAAUUUCCAGUACAGGUGAAAUUUCGAAUUUUUAAGGAGUGUCUUCCCCUGCCAGAAGCUUCUUUCAGACAAUCUAUAAAGGACUUUUGGCGCCACACCAAGUUUGAACCAGAACUAAAUGAUCGACAGGUGAGGGACUUGUUAUCUUUAUUUCAUCCCCUGCCAACAUCAGCAACAGCGGCACCCCAUCCACUGGCUAAAGUGGGCCAGUCUUUUGCUAAUGUUGACAUGCCAAAGAUUAUGCCCGCCUUGGCUAUGGAAGAUCAGGCUAAGGUGCUGUCUUAUCCCCAGCCAAAAGUGGGUUCGUCAUUGGCCAAUGUUCCACCGCCAAAUACAAUUCCUGCUUUGGAUAUGGUUAAGAAUUCCUCGAUGCCCACUUCUGCAGAGGAUCCAUAUAUGGUCAGAAUACAGCAUGUUCAUCCUCCACCGAUUGUGGAGUCUCAACAAGUCUAUGAACUCCAAAGUGCUCAGCAUGGGUGGCUUAGAACCACGAACUUCGUGGAGACUGCUCUUACGGUUACGGAGCAUAAACAAUUGACUGCUCCCAGUCAUGCAUAUUCUCAUCAACCAUAUGUCACUCAAGGCAUUUCCCCCGAUAUACCGAACCCAUAUCUUAGGUAUAAUUCAGCACAAGACGUGGUCCCGUCACAGCAGUAUCUCAUGGGGCUAAAUGACAGGAAUUACCAAUCGUAUUCGCAGGUAGAGGAAGGAAUGCUGCAACCACAGGAGAGUAUUGUCACACACAACUACUACUCUGGCCCUUCAGCUCCUUACGUUCCUCCUCCAUUUCCGCAGCAAUAUGCUUCAGAAGCUGUAAUACACACAACUACACACGAUUACUACUCUGGCCCUUCAGCUUCUUAUGUUCCCCCUCCAGUUCCGCAGCAAUAUGCUUCAGAAGCUGUAAUACACACAAGUACACACGACUACUGCUCUGGCCGUUCAGCUCCUUACGUUCCUCCUCUAGUUCCGCAGCAAUAUGCUUCAGAAGCUGUAAUACAAGAAAGGACUUCUUCCAUGUCAUUCGAGUAUUCAGUUGUAAGGCGUCUUGGGUAUAAUACUACUCUUACUAGUGGGUCCGUUUGUCCCUUGUUCCCAUUCUCUGUCAGUUCCAUAUUCAACGCUCAUUACAUUACAUAUUGCAACUUCAAUAAAGUUACACAAACACACACACACAUAGUAGUAGUAGAUAUUUGCGGGAUGGGUAAUUGUUGCUCUGAAGAGAAGGGUGGACAUUCGGCAGUUGGUGGUAACGGUGCUUACGUGGCAAAUCAAAACAAUAACGGUGGUGGUGGUGGUCAUAACGAAGCUGUCGAUGCUCUCCUUAAGUCUCGUGGUUACCAAGGCCUCUACUCUCAUGUCCAGUUAUCUCUAUCUGCUACCGGUUUGCGUGAUCGCGAUGUGCUUUCUAAGAGUGACCCUAUGGUAGUAGUUUAUUCAAAAGGAAGAGAUGGUUCAUUGCAAGAGCUUGCCCGUACUGAAGUAGUUCCAAACUCAUUGAAUCCCAAGUGGAUUACAAAGUAUACUAUUGCCUAUCAUUUUGAGACAGUGCAGAAUUUGGUGUUCCGUGUCUGUGAUAUUGACACUCAAUUUCAUAAUCAAGAUGUCAAGAUGCUUAAACUGGAGGAGCAGGACUUUCUUGGAGAGGCUAGUUGCACAUUAUCUGAGAUCGUCACAAAGUCAAAUGGGUCCCUGACCUUAGACCUUAUACGUGGAGAACAAUCUUCUGGUCCAACGCAUGAACAAAAAUCUGGUAAGCUUACUGUUUGUGCUGAAGAAAGUGUUGCCUCAAAGACUACUGUAGAGUUGAAAUUGAGAUGUUCAGAGUUGGUGUCCAAGGAUUUGUUCUCAAAAAGUGAUCCAUUUUUGGUGAUAUCUAAAACUAUAGAGAGUGGAAUGGUGGUUCCAAUUUGCAAAACAGAAGUUAUAAAAGAUGAUCAUAGUCCAAUUUGGAAACCAGUUUCCAUAAGUAUUCAACAAGUUGGAAGUAAGGACAGUCCAUUGACUAUUGAAUGUUAUGACUUCAAUUCAAACGGAAAGCAUGAUUUAAUUGGAAAGGUUCAGAAAUCACUAGCAGAUUUAAAAGUGUUGCAUUCGACUGGUUCGAGUGCAAAUCUUUUCAUACCAGCUGCUGUGGGACAAAAUUUGCAAAACAAGGUCCUAAAGAGCCAGCUUUUUGUGGAAAGCUUUUUUGAGAAAACCCAGCAUACAUUCCUCGAUUACUUGGCAGGGGGCUAUGAACUUAACUUCAUGGUGGCCAUCGACUUUACUGCUUCUAAUGGAAAUCCACGCUUACCUGAUUCAUUGCAUUAUAUCGAUCCUUCAGGACGGCCAAAUGAUUAUCAAAGAGCAAUCUUGGAUGCUGGAGAAGUAUUGCAGUUCUACGAUAAAGACCGACGUUACCCUGCUUGGGGUUUCGGAGUGCGGCCCAUUGAUGGCCCUGUUUCUCAUUGCUUCAAUCUAAAUGGCAGCAGUGACUACUGUGAGGUGGAAGGAAUCCAGGGUAUCAUGACAGCAUACAUGGGUGCCCUUUUUAAUGUUUCGCUUGCAGGACCAACUAUAUUUGGACCAGUUGUUACGUCAGCUGCCAAUAUAGCAAAUCAGUCUUUGAUGAAGGGCGAGCGGAAGUACUUCGUUUUGUUAAUAAUCACGGACGGAGUGAUAACAGAUCUCCAAGAAACAAUGGAUGCCAUUGUUCAUGCUACGGAUUUGCCAUUGUCAAUUCUUAUUGUUGGGGUGGGAGGAGCUGAUUACAAGGAAAUGGAGAUUUUAGAUGCUGAUAAACAGAGGCUUGAAUCAACACGUGGACGUGUUGCAGUGCGUGACAUAGUCCAAUUUGUUCCCUACCGGGAUGUACAAAGUGGAGACUCAGUCCUUCAGUCACUUUUAGCAGAAUUACCUUCCCAGUUUUUGGAAUACAUGCGGCUCAAAAGGAUCCAGCCAACUUCAUGAUCAUACAAGAAUUGUACAUACAAAUGUUGAUUCGUGUAUUGCCCUGUUAAAAUCGUCAUUUUCAAGUUUGUUUCCCAAUGCUGUCAAAAGUUUUGCUUUUCGAUGUCUGGUUACAUCUUUUACUUCAUAUUUCCCAGAAGCUUGUACUUAUUAUAAUUCUUCAUAAUCAUGUUAUUUAUUUUGUUGAUAAAAAUUCAACGAAGCUCGUUAUUAUCUUUGUACUGAUUGAGUAAAUGUAAUUAGUCAGGAUGAGAGGAUGCAGCAAUUCCUCCCUUUUGUGAGUAUCUAUAGAUUACUUUGCCAUUUCA